CAUCGAAGGGGUGAAUCAUUGAACUCUCAGGCUCGAGUCUUACUUUUCGUUUUGUUCAAAGUCUUUACAUCCUGUCGUCGUUUACCGUACCUUCGAAAAGGAAUCCUCGAAUCGUCGAGGCAAUUCGUAAAAUCUAUUGGUACAUUGGAAGCGGUGUAUAGUUUACAUUUGAUUUCAUCGGGAAGUUAUAGAGUAUUUUUGAUACGAAAGAAGUCAUUAUGAGUGGAUCCGGUAAAGGACUACUCGGGGUGUGGCUGUAUAGAAGAGGCGAACACUGGACCAUCAAGGAAGGAAGUCCUAUUCACAAAUCGACCGACAUCCCUAUGGUCGAGCGCAGACCAAAUAAUGACACCAAAAGCUCCGUCAUUUUUUCCUUAAAAAACCAAGUCGGUGGUUUGGCACGAGCUCUACAAGUCUUUCAGGAUCUGGGUGUAAAUGUUGUGCACAUCGAGUCACGGAAAUCUAUGCGCCGUGGUUCAGAAUAUGAAAUUCUCGUCGAUGUCGAAUGUGAUACAAUGAAAAUGGAACAGUUAACCAGAAUGUUGAGUCGCGAAGUAGCUGCCAUUAAUUUGGCUCAGUAUGAGCAAAUGGGAAGUAUUCCACAUGCUCCAUCACUUUCUGCCGCGCCAAGUUUCGACUUCAGUGAAGUAGACAUGCCCUGGUUCCCACGGAAAAUCUCAGACUUAGAUCAAGCUCAAAAAGUGCUUAUGUAUGGGUCUGAAUUAGAUGCUGAUCACCCUGGCUUCAAAGAUCCCGUGUAUCGCAAACGUCGCGAACAAUUCGCUGAUAUUGCGAACAAUUAUAGAUACGGUCAACAAAUUCCUCGCAUUCAAUACACGCCAGAGGAAAUCAGAACAUGGGGAACUGUUUUCCGUGAAUUGCAUGAGUUAUACCAGAAACACGCAUGUAAGGAAUACUUAGAGAACUGGCCAAAACUUGUAAAAUAUUGUGGUUACAGAGAUGAUAAUAUACCACAAUUACAAGAUGUAAAUAGCUUUCUGAAACGAACGACUGGAUUUCAACUUCGACCUGUAGCCGGCUAUCUUUCUCCAAGAGACUUUUUGGCAGGACUUGCUUUCCGCGUGUUUCACUGUACCCAAUAUAUCCGACACUCAUCUGAUCCAUUUUACACGCCUGAACCAGACUGUUGUCACGAAUUGUUAGGGCACAUGCCGCUUUUAGCGAAUCCAAGUUUCGCUCAAUUUUCCCAGGAACUUGGUCUCGCUUCCCUGGGUGCUUCAGACGAAGACAUCAAUAAAUUGGCAACACUGUACUUCUUUACCGUGGAAUUCGGGUUGUGCAAACAAGACGGUGUACUUCGAGUCUACGGGGCUGGUUUGCUGUCUUCCGUUGCGGAAUUGAAGCACGCGGUUGCCGCUCCUGAAAAAACGUUCCGCUUUGAACCGGAAAUCACAUGCAGAACCGAAUGCAUUAUCACUGCAUUUCAAAAUUCGUACUACUACACGGAAAGCUUCGAAGAGGCAAAAGAGAAAAUGCGGUCAUAUGCGAGUCAAAUAAAACGUCCAUUUGGAUUACGGUACAAUCCUUAUACGCAGUCCGUGGAGGUUCUUACUGACGCUCAGAAGAUCACUGCUGUGGUCAGUGAACUUAGAGGCGAUCUGUGUAUUGUUUCGAACGCUCUCCGAAAAAUACACGAGCAGGAUAAUACCGUAGACGUUGAAAGGAUAACUAACCUCUUAACUCACGGUAUCGAAUUACCCCAAGAUAAUUCAUCGUCUGACAGCGAUAUUGAUAAGAGUCCUAAUGUCGAGGAGCCACAAAAUACCGUACAGGAUCAAAAUAUACAACAUACUUCCGAUGGUGAUACAAUUACCGCUCAAGAUUAA